AGUUGAUACCCAGACGUGAGUGAAGAUGGAUCUUCUCGGUCAGAAAAAUAUAAUCAUUGAAUAUUGGCAAUUCUUCUUGCCCCUCGUAACAAUUGGCAUCAGUUUAAUCCUCCUGAAUUUAAAUCGUAAACCCGAUCCGAGGGAAUCCAGCAAACCCACCAGUAAACCUGGGGCAAGAGAAGAACGUGAUUUGGAUCCAUCUGAAAUUGAAUCACAGAAGAGUGCUCGUGAAGACAGUAAUUACGAUGAGGACGCCCUAACAGCAGCUCUUGAGGGUGUAGCCCACAAACCCUAUCCCGGGAUCAAAGUUACAUUCCCAGGAGGUGUGGAGAAGUUCUAUGAGAUGGUUAAUGACCGUAGGAGUGUCAGGAAGUACAGCAAACGUCCAGUAGAUUGGAAAUUAGUCGAGAAGUGCAUUCAUUCAGCAGGUACUGGCCCAAGUGGAGCUCAUACAGAACCAUGGACAUUCUGCGUUAUAUCCGAUAGCGAGAUAAAGCAACAAAUUCGGGAAAUAAUUGAAAAUGAGGAAUACACGAAUUAUGCUCAACGUAUGUCACGUCAAUGGACAACGGAUUUGCAACCGCUGCGAACGAACUACGUGAAAGAAUAUCUCACGGAUGCCCCGUACCUUGUGCUUGUCUUUAAGCAGGCCUACAGUAUGCGGGAGGAUGGCAAGAAGAAGCAACACUACUACAAUGAGAUCUCAACUGCGAUCUCCGUGGGUAUCCUCCUGUGUGCCUUCCAAAGUGCCGGUCUCAAUUCCCUCGUGACAACCCCACUGAAUUGUGGACCAGCCCUUAGAAAUCUCCUACAGCGUCCUGCUUCUGAGAAACUCCUCGUACUCCUUCCCGUUGGCUAUGCAGCUGAUGAUUGUGAGAUUCCCGAUCUCCAUAGGAAGCCAGUUGAAGAAAUUCUUGUCAAAUACUAACACGAGGAGUUUUGAACAUGAGUCCAAAAAAAAGCUAUUAUGCCAUCACCAAAAAGUUUAAGGGGAGCAAGGUCAGAGUUUCGAGAGAUACUUUAUGCCCCAAAAUGCCCAAAAUAAACAAUGUUUUGCAAAA